AAAUGAUGUGCCGAAUGACAUGGAAAACGAAAAGACGUCGUGACCUAGACGGGGCUAGCAAUCAAUCAGAGUUAGCCUAUUUUAGUUCUCAAACGGUGUUUUAAGAACAAUUCUAACACGGCAGACAGUCCCCAGGCGCUGUGCUUGAAAGACAAAACAAUACAUACACAAUAAAGUAAAUAGCAUCCUUUAAUACACGGAGCGGAGACUGGGCUAAUCGAUAAAAUCGUCUGCUAUCUUACACACGUAAUAAAGACACGCGUCAACGAAUGACCUGCUGACCAGUCGACGAAAUGUCACAUUUUAGAUUUUCUGUGCCGCUUAUCCAAUGGUUGUCUCUGUUAUACCUCAGUGCGGGUUGGUAUAAGGCGCAAGCUGGGAUUUGCUGGCUAUCCGUGAACAAGGUGAACCGAUGUACGCGUGCGUACAUUCUGAACUCGACCAGGGAGUCUUGCUGCCAGACCACCCUCCCAACGGUUGCCUGGACACCACACUCGAAUGUUGCCAUAGGAACUCUUUUUUACUGGGCGGCUCUGGGCUCCGGCGCUCCGCUCUGUCACAGGUGUCACACCACAUGUCGCCACGUGGUGUGCGGCCCGCACAGGAAGUGUCGUCUGCGACGUGGUCAGCCAAGAUGCGUCUGCUCACCCAGGUGUUCCCGCCCUUUUCGACUGCUCGGUCCGGUGUGCGGCACAGACGGACGAAGUUACCGAAACUACUGCUCCAUCCUCAAACAGAACUGCAGACACAACACCGACGUCAGGCUAGCGUACCAGGGCACGUGUAAAAGGUCCUGCGAGCACGUCAAAUGUUUCCUCAAGAACAAAGUCUGCCUGGAAGACCAGAACCGACUGCCUCACUGCGUCCACUGUAACAUCAACUGCGACAUGGCGAAGGAAAACUACAUCUGCGGGGAGGACUCUGUCACGUACAACAGCUACUGCCACCUGGUGGCUGCCAUCUGUAAGAAAGGGAGAGCAAUCAGGAUCGCUUAUAGCGGUAUUUGCAGAGCCAAUGCCUCGUGUGACAGCAUCCCCUGCCCGUACAGCUACAAGUGCAUCGUCAACGAGCGGAAUGGACUGCCGCAGUGCGCCAACUGUCUGUUCGAAUGCCGCAGUGAACAGGCGGCUGGCGGCGGCAUCAGCGUGUGCGGCUCGGACAACGUUACGUACCCCAGCUACUGCCACAUGCAGAAAGUGUCCUGCCAGAAAGCCGUCGUCAUAAGAACGCAGAAGUUUGGACACUGUCAAAAUAAAAAGCCAAAUGAGGUUGCUGUCACAAGACAUCGAAAAAGACCAAAUCGUGCAAAGAAAGCCAAAUGGAACUUAACCUGAAAUUCAGGCAUUUGUUGCUAUGACAAGCGGAGUUUUUUCUGCGUUAAUCACCCUGACAACGGGUUGACGGGUCCAGGGACGACCGAUCUUGAAAGGAGUAUUACGCCGGCAAUGGCGUGGCCAGGGGAGGAAACCUACAUCCGCCAUCUUUAAUUAUUGUGAUAUAUCAAUAGACGUCAAUUUAUUUUUGUUUUUCACUUUUUAAAAGUUAAACAUCGAAAGUGAAAUGUAAGAUGUACACUGCUUUUUACGUUUUCAUCAAAAAACAAAACAUACCACGACAGACUACUUCAGAGUUAUGUGGUUUGCACAAGUGCGUGAUGUAUUGUGGGAAUGAACUUGUCAAAAGCGUUAACACUUCAGGAAGAAGACUAUAUGUUGCAAUAUGGUAUACAGUUAUUUAUGAAACCUCAACUGAUAUUUGUGAAUAUCAAUCUCAGUGAAAUUAAUGUUGGAAUCGUGUUCAUCACGUGAUCGGACGGCUUGUUUUGAAUAUUUUAGUUUUUGUUCCAUGAAUGAUAAUAUGCCCACACAUUCUAAAAUGUGUUCCCAUAAUCUAUGAUGUUUGGUAGGCCUACAUUUUUGACAAUCAUCACACAUUUUGGUCUGAAUCGGACGUAGAAAGUGUCACUCCAUAGGCUGAGGGGGACCCCGUGUGCUUAAAAGGUCCACAAAGUUAGUCUUCAAAAUGAAGAAGUAAUUAAACCAUUGGGCCUUAAUAAAAAGUGAGGGUAGAUAUUUGGUAACCCGGCAGUAACUUUGCAAAUGACGUCAUUAGCCACGCCUUCUGUGGCAAAAACAGAACCAUAAUUUAGGGGAUGGAGGAAAAGUAAAUCAUUAACAGAAAACAUUAUCAGAAACAUUUUUUUAUGAUAAAGUUAUUUCCUAAAGUGUAGGCUAUGUGUACCAAAAUGUAUGUUAAUUAGGUUUCCAACUACAGUGGUUGGAAAAAAAAAAUCCAUAUUCAGAAAAUAACAUUCAUUUAGUGUUAAGCCUCCAUUAUAUUAUGCAAACCAAAUUCUCUUAAAUCAUCUUCCUUCCAGAAUUCAAACACUCUGAGUAUACAUUCACUCCACAGAUUCCUAUAAUUGAAUCUGUGGUGGAUAAAGUUCAAAAUUUGUUCAUAAUUAUAAUGCCCGGCGCAGACGAGCGUUUUUUAACGCAUGCGUCUGCGUUAAAAAACGCAGACUCAGCUCAGACGGAUGCGUCUCGUGUGCGCCUACCUGUGAUGCGUUACUGCGAUCCACUGACGAUUUCUUUUAUUAAUUAAUUAAUUAAUUUAUACUUUACUCUAGGAAAAAUAACAAAGAUUAAAUGUAAUUUAUUAAUACAUUUUAAAACAUAAUAAACUUUAUUUAAAACAUUAUGUACAAUAU